AUGCCCGGAUCACGGUGGUUCCAGCGCAUCAGCCGUCCUGUGGCGCCACCACCGCCUAUCGAGUACAACGAUCAAGGCAUAGUCGACAGCCUCACUGAAAAUAACCAGAGAAGCAUGUGGGCUAGCAGAAGGAUAGGGGAGGACCAACAACUGUACGUAGUCCACGUGCAGGGAGCCGCUGGCAUCGGUCUCCCGACUACGCUGCUGGUCAAGAAGUUCCAGAAUGCAAACCCAGCACUACUAGUGGAUGACAAUGUCAAGAACCGCUGCAAGUUGGAGAUGACUCUGUUAGCCAGCAUCUCUCAUGACAACAUCAUCAAUGUGCUACACUUCAUCCAGAGGGAAGACGCGAUCAUGCUCGUCUACGAGUACCCCGUGAAUGGCAGCCUUGACUACUGGCUGCACCGGCGGGAGGGGGGCGAGCAGCCACUGAGCUGGCCGCAGACGAUUGCCAUCGCCAUCGGCUUGGCCCAAGGUCUCUGCCACUUGCAUCACCGAUGCAACAGACCGAUUGUCCACCACAACAUCAACUCUGAAAACAUCUUGCUUGAUCAGAAUUUCAAGGCCGUGAUAGCCAGCUUUGGCAUUGCGCAGAUGAACAUUGCCGGGCUUAACCAACCAUUGCCGAUCGGGGACAUUCCAGUUGGUAACUUUGGGUAUGCAGCUCCAGAGUAUGGUGUCGCGGCAAGCCAGCUGACGGAGAAGGUAGACAUUUACAGCUUCGGUGUGCUGCUGCUGGAGCUAGUCACAGGGAAGUUGGCCAAUGGAGCAGAUGGUCUAUUGGCGAUUUGGGCUCAGGACAACUGCAAUGAAUUGAUGGCAAACCAUCUGAAAAUGUUCAAGAUUGUCGUGGACAAGGGCAUCCCUGAUCAAGCGCGGUACAUGGAGGAGAUGGCGGCCGUGUUCAGGCUGGGUGUGGAUUGUACCGUUGGAGAUCCGAAGCAAAGGCCGUCCAUGCAGAUAGCUCUCAAACGACUGUGCCGCAGCCGUGGGCGUGGCCCAUUCUGUGGCCUCCUCAUCCUUUCAGUUUCACAGUCCCGAAUCACCAAUCUGAGAAUCGCUAUCGCCAACACCAAGAAGGGCAACAUGACAAGCAACACCUUCAUCGCCAAGAUGAAGAGCCUCGGCGACGAGCUAGCUGCCGCUGGUCGUCCGGUGACAACGGUGAAGGAUCAGGAGUCACAGUCCCGAAUCACCAAUCUGAGAAUCGCUAUCGCCAACACCAAGAAGGGUAACAUGACAAGCAACACCUUCAUCGCCAAGAUGAAGAGCCUCGGCGACGAGCUAGCUGCCGCUGGUCGUCCGGUGACAGAUCCAGAGAUGGUCGAUUACAUCCUUGCCGGGCUUGAUCAGUACUACGAUCCCAUCGUUGCAGCAGUUGGUGCCAUCGAGAACUCCAUCAGACUACCCUGA